AUGAAUGUGAAGAUCGAGAAUCAAAGGCAUAGACAAGGAGGAACGCCCACAGAGCCAGACGAGACGAUGUGGCGUCCUGAGGAUGAGCUGAGAGCAGUUCUGACGAAGUGGCAUAACAAUCAGAAAUUGUCGUUGCCAGUGGUGGAACUAAGAAGGGCAGGAAGCGAAGCAAUAGCUGGAGUGCUCGGACAAGCCACCCCGGUUGUUGCCCUUGCAGAAGGAUUGUCUAUGAGGGCUGCAACGCCCACUUUCCGACACACCAGCGAAUCAGGGUAA